AUGUCUUUAUUAAAAAAUGCCGAGUCACAAUUCUCAAUCAGCGGCGGUGCAGGUGGUUUAGCAGGCGGCAGUGAUUUAGAUGGUGGGGGUAGUUCACCAAUGUUAACAUAUAGUGGCGCCUCAAGCAGAACAACAAAUCACGCCAGUGCCAACGGUAGCAUCAUCACCAUGACACUGAAGAACAACCACCUUAUUGUUGAAACUGAAGAACGGAAUGAUAUCUUAGAAAAUAGUCGCGAAACAACUAUGAAAUACUCACCAUCGAAUCAUGACGGGGUUUUUGUUGUAGAAGUUCAACAAGGUGUUCGACGUCCUCAGAAUUAUCCAACCAUGACAUGCAGUUCACCAGAAGAAGUAUCUCGUUCAUCUUCAGACCACCAACGGGCAUUAGUACAUCAUCCUCCUGCUGAGGUGCUUACAGACGCUGAAGAAGAUGCAACAACGGGAGGUGACACCUUCACAUGCAUACGAAGUGGAACGAAUACAGGUCUAUCACAAUCUGAUCUAAGCGAAUCGUCUAAUUAUUCAUACAGGUAUGGUAAUCAACAAGGCUAUGAUUUAGGACAUUAUGGGUAUCCACUAUACACGGGAUACUCAACCGAUACUCCUACAACAAUACCUUUAGAACCAAUUCAAUCGGAUCCGGAUAAACCAGUAAUUACAGCCGCCAUUUACAAAGCCUCGCCAUCACCAAAUCAACAAAAUAUAUUAAGACCAACAAACAGUAUUGAUAUACCAAUUGAUACCACUAAAACAACAUCGAAAACUGCAACUAAUCGACGAACUUCAUUAGGCUACGAGCCUCUACUACUAUCAGAUAUCCAAGCUAAAGAACGUUUUACAACUGAAAAGCACAACGCAUUAAAGGAAGAAGAUAUAUUACAAGAAGAACAAACUGCACUAGGAAAUGGACAGCUAACAGAAGAUGAACAUAAAGAAUUAACAGAGAAAAAUAAUAAAAAUAUUAAAAUUAUUAGUAAAGAUGAAGAUGCAGUUGUACCAACAACAGUGGUACCAACAUCUGAAAAUGGUCCUAUUAUUGAUACUUUAAAACCAAAUGAAACUGCAUCGGAUCAGAAUAAUGCAAAAAUAAGCUAA